GAGCUCUGGGGAGGUCUGCAGGGUUGGGGGUCUGGAAGUGUCUUCAGAAGGUUCAGAAGGUCUAAAGGGUGUUGGUCUGUUGGUUUCCCUCGGUUUCCAGACUCUGGAGGGUUCUGUCGGUCUGAGUCGGUUCUGUUGGAUUUCAGCAGUUUUUCUGCUCGUCUUUGCAUCAAAGGAUCCAAGUCCAGAUCAGAAGCAUGUUGGAGCUCCAGCUCGCGGUGCUGCUUGCUCUGCAGGUAUUUACCUGUGCUCAGGAGGGCGGGGUCAAGGAUGAUGUCAGCCUCCCAGAGUUCAGUGACGUCUGCACAGAGGGCAGCUGUUACCCAGCAACAGGAGACCUUCUGAUCGGCCGAGCACACCAACUAUCUUCCACCUCCACCUGUGGGCUGAACCGACCUGAACCGUUCUGCAUCGUGAGCCACCUGCAGGAGGAGAAGAAGUGUUUUGUAUGUGACUCAGUGGAUCCGUAUGAUGACCUAAUGGAUCAGAUGAGCGGCCAUCGCAUCGAGAAUGUCGUCACAACGUUCGCUCCAAACAGAUUGAAGACCUGGUGGCAGUCUGAGAAUGGUUUGGAAAAUGUCACCAUCCAGCUUAAUCUGGAGGCCGAGUUUCACUUCACACACCUCAUUAUGACCUUCAAGACAUUUCGACCUGCUGCCAUGGUUAUUGAGCGGUCAGCUGACUUCGGAAAGACAUGGCAGGUUUACCGUUACUUCGCCUAUGACUGCGAGACGUCUUUCCCGUCUGUUUCUCAAGGUCCAAUGCAGAAGGUCGAUGAUGUCAUCUGUGACUCACGUUACUCCGACAUCGAGCCAUCCACUGAAGGAGAGGUGAUCUUCAGAGUUCUGGACCCGGCAUUCAGGAUUGAUGAUCCCUACAGCCCCAGAAUCCAAAACAUGUUGAAGAUCACCAACCUGCGGGUUAAGUUCACCAAAUUACACACGCUUGGAGACAACCUGCUGGACUCUCGUAUGGAGAUUAAAGAGAAGUACUACUAUGCCGUCUACGACAUGGUGGUCCGAGGAAACUGCUUCUGCUAUGGACACGCCUCUGAGUGCGCCCCCAUCCAGGGAACAGGGCCGGCCAGAGAGGGCAUGGUUCACGGUCACUGCAUGUGUAACCACAACACCAAAGGUCUGAACUGUGAACGGUGUCAGGAUUUCCACCACGACCUGCCCUGGAGACCAGCUGAAGGACGCAACACUAAUGCCUGCAAGAAGUGUAACUGUAACCAGCACUCAGACUCCUGUCACUUCGACAUGGCCGUGUUUGUGGCUUCAGGAAACAUCAGUGGAGGAGUUUGUGACAGCUGUCAGCACAACACGGCCGGGCACAACUGUGAACAGUGCCAACCAUUUUACUACCAGCAUCCAGAGAGAGACGUCAGAGACCCCAGCAUCUGCCAACCCUGUAACUGUGACCCUCUGGGAUCUCUGAAUGGAGGAAUCUGUGACGGGAUGACAGAUGUUCGAGCCGGGCUGAUUGCUGGUCAGUGUCGCUGUAAGGUGAACGUGGAGGGAGAGCACUGUGAGCGCUGCAAAGAGGCACAUUACGGGCUGAGCAACGAGCCAGAAGGAUGCCGGGUGUGUACCUGCAGCCCUGUCGGGACACUUCCUGGAGGAAAUCCCUGCAACAGUGAAACAGGAAGUUGCUUCUGUAAACGUCUGGUGACUGGACGAGACUGCGACCAGUGUGUGUCUGAACACUGGGGUCUCAGUAAUGAUAUGGACGGCUGCAGACCAUGUGACUGUAAUCUGGGAGGAGCUAUCAACAACCAGUGUGAUCAGGUGAGCGGUCAGUGUGCCUGCAGAGAUCAUAUGUUCGGACGUCAGUGUGAUCAAGUCGAGUCUGGAUUCUACUUCAUUGCUCUGGAUCAUUAUACGUACGAGGCAGAGGACGCCAAGUUUGGACCUGGGGUGACAGUCAUUCCAAGGCCACACCCCCUGGACCGCAGUCCCACCUGGACAGGUAUUGGCCUGGUUAAUGUCCCAGAGGGGGCCUUCCUGGAGUUCUCUGUGGACAACAUCCCCCACUCCAUGGAGUACGACAUCCUCAUCCGCUACGAACCUCAGCUGCCGGACCAAUGGGAGGAGGUUCUGAUGACAGUGAUGAGACCGGGACCAAUCAGAGCAGACAGUCGCUGCGUCAACACAGUGCCUGACGAUGACAACCAGAUGAUCUCACUUCACCCCGGCUCACGCUACGUGGUUCUUCCCAGGCCGGUUUGUUUUGAAUUUGGUCUGAACUACACAGUCCGACUGAGUCUGCCGCUGUACUCAGCCCUCAGCGACGUCCAGUCUCCGUAUACACUCAUCGACUCUAUCGUGUUGAUGCCACACUGUAAGAACCUGGAGAUCUUCACAGCUUCAGAGGGGGGCGACUCCAUUGGGAACAGUGGCUGGGAAACUUUCCAGCGUUAUCGUUGUCUGGAGAACAGCCAGAGCGUCACCAAGUCACAGAUGACUGACAUCUGCAAGAACUUCAUCUUCAGUAUCUCUGCCAUGUUGCACCAGGGAGCCAAAGAAUGCCAGUGUGACCCUCAGGGCUCCCUCAGUACUGUGUGUGACCCCAACGGGGGUCAAUGUCAGUGUCGCCCCAACGUGGUCGGCAGGAACUGUGAUGGAUGUGCUCCGGCCACGUUCCAGUUUGGACCCAAUGGCUGCAGAGCGUGUGAGUGCGACCCUCAGGGUUCCCAGAGUUCCUUCUGCAAUCAGCUGACCGGUCAGUGUAAUUGUGUUUCUGGAACAUAUGGUCGGCAGUGUGAUCGCUGUCUGCCAGGUUACUGGGGCUUCCCCAACUGCCGACCCUGCGUCUGCAAUGGACACGCUGAUGACUGCGACCCCAACACUGGACGCUGCAUUGACUGCAGGGAUCACAGCACCGGACACACCUGUGACAGGUGUCUGGAAGGUUACUAUGGUGAUCCAGUGCUUGGGUCAGGAGAUCACUGUCGUCCUUGCAUGUGUCCGGAUGGCCCCAGCAGCCUGCGGCAGUUCGCUGGAAGUUGUUACCGUGGCGAUGACUCCCAGCAGGCCAUCUGUGUCUGCAACAGUGGAUACAGAGGUAGUCGCUGUGAUGAGUGCUCACCUGGUUAUUAUGGUAACCCCAGCGAGGUGGGCGGGCAGUGUCAGCCCUGUCAGUGCAACAACAACAUUGACAAAUUGGACCCAGAAUCCUGCGAUGCCCGAACCGGCGAGUGUCUCCGGUGCCUUUACCACAGUGAGGGCACCGCCUGCCAGAGCUGCAAGCUGGGUUACUAUGGCAAUGCCAUGCUACAGGACUGCAGGAAGUGUGUUUGUAACCAGCUGGGCAGUGAGCCCCCCAGCUGUCCAUCAUCUAGUGACUGUCACUGCGACCGCAGCACCGGUCAGUGUCACUGCCUCCCGAACGUAAUCGGUCAACACUGCGACCGCUGUGCGCCCAACACCUGGAACAUGGCGAGCGGCAGUGGCUGUCAGACCUGCGACUGCGACCCGAAACACUCAUAUGGGACAUCCUGCAAUGAGAUCAGUGGUCAGUGUUCCUGUCAGCCUGGCUUUGGAGGAAGAACAUGCAGCGAGUGUAGAGAGCUGUUCUGGGGAGACCCAGAAGUUGAAUGUCACGCAUGUGACUGCGACCCUCGCGGUAUCUCCGAGCAGCAGUGCAACAAAGGCAGCGGUCACUGUAUCUGCGUGGACGGUGUUUCUGGUCCACGCUGUGACGUAUGCGCCCGUGGGUUCUCCGGGACCUUCCCCGACUGCCACCGCUGCCACCAGUGCUUCGCAGAGUGGGACCACGCCAUUGGUCAGCUGACCAAUCAGACACAUCGCCUUGUCAACAAGGUCAACGCUGUCAAAGCCAGCGGAAUCAGCGGACCAUACAGGAAGUCCAUCGAAAGCAUGGAGAAGAGUGUCGCUGACAUCCGGGUCAUGCUGAACCAAAACCUGGCCUCACAACCGCUGACUGAGAUCCAGGAGCUGCUCCAACAAGCCAGUGACCUGAUGGGGGCCCUGAGCCAGAUGUUGAACCACACUGAACAGACUCUAGCCCAGAUAGAGGACUUGGACUCGGCUGCACAAACUAAACUCGACUUUGUGACGUCGGAUGCUCAGAAACUGGAGCGGACGGUUCGGGAGCUCCUGGAUCAGGUCGAGUUCAUCAAGAACUCUGACAUCAGAGGGGCGACCGACAGCGUCACUAAGUACUUCCUGCAGUCUCAGGCAGCUGAAGCUCGAGCUAAUGCCUCCACCAUCGAGCCCGGCAGUGCCGUGGAAAUCGCUGCUGCUCUACGGCUACUCACAGAAGACAAACUGAACCGAACCACAGAUGAGUACCUGAGGAGACACACUGAGCAUGCUCAGAGGCUGGACGACCUGGCAGGAGAGCUGCAGACUCUGGACCUAUCAGAGAUAAGCCACAAGACCUGUGGCAGUCCGUCAUCAGGUCAGGACUCGUGUUUGUCCUCUUCCUGUGGAGGUCUGGGCUGUGUGGACUCUGAAGGUCAGACCAGGUGUGGAGGUGAAGGAUGUGACGGCAUCGUGACAGCUGCCAGCAGUGCCUGGAGGAAGGCCCGAGAUUCUGAACAGGAAAUUGUAAGCGCCAUGGAGGAAGUGGAGAAACUCUCCAAGAUGGUGUCAGAUGCCAAACUGAAAGCAGAUGAGGCAAAGCUGAGCGCUCAGGAUGUCCUGAUGAAGACCAACAGAACCAAACAGAAAGUGGACCAGAGCAACGAGGAGCUGAGGAGCCUCAUCCGACAGAUCCGAGACUUCCUCACUCAGGACGCUGCAGACCUGGAGAGUGUCGAGCUUGUUGCUAAUGAGGUUCUGGCCAUGCAGAUGCCGACCACGCCAGCUCAGCUGCAGAACCUGACCGACGAGAUCCGACAGAAGGUAGGCGAACUGGGACACGUGGAAGCCAUUCUGCAGCAGAGCUCUGAUGACAUCCAGAGAGCCGAGGCCCUGCUGGACCAGGCCCGCCAAGCCAGUGGCGAGGCAGCAAAUGUGAAGCACUCUGCAGAGACAGUGAAGCAAGCUCUGAAAGAAGCUCAGAGGGCUCAGACCGCUGCCAGCAGCGCCAUCCAGCAAGCUGCCGCCGACAUCCGGAACACCAACAUCCUGCUGUCCUCAGUAGAGUCAGAGACGGCAGAUGCAGAGUUGAAGCUAAAUAACGCCACCCAGAGGCUGCAGCGUCUCGAGCAGGAUGUGACGUUGCUGAGAGACAAAGCUCUGAAUGUCAUUGUGAGCUUUGAACGGACCAAUCAGGAUGCAGAAAGCAUCAGAAAGAUUGCAGAGGAAGUCAAGAAGGAGCUGGACUCGGGGCUGAAGGAUAAGUAUGCCACAGUUGAGCAACUGAUUGGUGAGAAGGCAGGAGGUGUGAUCGACGCAAAGAAGAGGGCAGAGUCACUGCAGCAGGAAGCCAAAGAGCUGCUGCUAAAGGCCAGUGACAAACUGCAGCUGCUCAAAGAUCUGGAAAAGUCGUACGAAGACAACCAGCGCACUCUGGAGGUCAAGGCAGAGCAGCUGGUGGAGCUGGAGGUCGCUGUGAAGGAGCUGCUGCAGGAGAUCAGCCACAAGGUCACCGUCUACAGCACCUGCCUGUUCUAGGGUCAAAGGUCACCGUCUACAGCGCCUGUCUGUUCUAGGGUCAAAGGUCACUGUCUACAGCACAAUAAAGAAACAGGACACACCUUUUGUUUGUUGUGAACUUUGACCUGAAACAGUCAGGGAAGAAAAUAACCAAAAAUUAAAGGUUGGCAUUCCUAAAUGAAUUCUCAGGUCGAAUAAGGAAACUUUGACAAAGAUUUUGAAUGUUUAAUUUUUCGGCUGAUUUCUAAAUUGUUCAUGAACACACCAUCAAGAUUUAAAAAGUAAAAUUGUAUUGGUUCGUUUGUGAAAUGGAACUUGUUAAAAGUUGUCAUUUGAUUGGAGUAAUGAAAUAAUAAAUGUUUAAACCAUGUGACUGCAACUUUUUUUACUCUGUUUUUUAUUUCUGUGGACAAAAAUUUUAACCCAAAAUGAUUUUCAAUAAAAGCUUCCACUUAAAAA